AUGCAGUCCAUCAGAGACAUGAAGUCCAACUUUAUUGCUCCACCCUCGUCCUCUAUUCCCGGUGGUCCCGACGCCUAUCACCAAGGCAACAUCAGAAUGACUCUGGAGGACCCAGAACUCUGGAAGUCUUUCCAUGAAAUUGGAACAGAGAUGAUUAUCACUAAACCGGGCAGGAGAAUGUUUCCACACUGUAAAAUCAACCUUUCUGGGCUGAUGCCUUGUUCCAAGUACAUCUUGCUGGUUGACAUGGUUCCUGUGGAUGGUUUCAGGUAUAAGUGGAAUAAAGAGAAAUGGGAAGUGGCUGGGAAAGCGGAGCCACAACCCCCUUGCCGGACGUACCUGCAUCCAGACUCUCCAGCCCCUGGGAGCCACUGGAUGAAACAGACCGUGUCCUUCCUCAAGCUCAAGCUUACCAACAACACCCUAGACCAACAUGGCCAUAUCAUUUUGCACUCCAUGCAUCGCUACCACCCGCGCUUCCACAUUGUCCAGGCAGACGACAUGUACAGUGUACGCUGGAGUGUAUUCCAGACCUUUACCUUCCCUGAGACCUCCUUCACCUCCGUCACUGCUUACCAGAACACUAAGAUAACCAAGCUGAAAAUCGACCACAACCCAUUUGCGAAAGGCUUUAGAGACGAAGGAACUAAUACAAAAAGGCGCGCUAACAGAAACCCAGCCUGCCCAGAGAAGAAAGCAAAGAAAAUUGAUUGUCUAAGCAGAGAGUCAGAUGAGGACAGUCCUCCUGACUUCCGCAGGUCAUCAUUUGAGGGAUACGAAGGAGAGCAGGCAGAACUCCCCAAAACCAAAGAGGAGGAAGUGGUGAAAGAGGAACGCUACUCCCCCUGGGGGCCUGAGAGGGAGCAUGGCCACCACGUCCGGACAGAUUCACCCCCUGGACCUGACGCCAGAGAAAUGUACAAUGCAGAGCAGCUAGUACCAGCCCCAGCUUCAUACCAGCCUUACAGGUUCCAUGAAUACGGGAAGUCUCCAUCUCCCUCCUCCAGCGUAGGCAGCAGCAACGGGGGUUCUGGACGGGCCAGCUUUGAGUCCAGAGUCUCUGAUGUAGCCACAGUCCCAGAGCAUGAGGCCUCCAAGCCCUCUACCCAUGAGAUCGGACCAUCUCCCUGUGGCCCCCAGCCCUCUGCAGGACAUCACCAGGACUACACAGGGGUUCUCAACAUGGCCCAGGCAGGCAAGCCAGGGGUCCUCAGCCACCACAUUUACACUCCUUACAGCGCCGAGCAGACCCUGGGCCAGUGGAGCGGCCCCAGCCCUGUCCAGUACCCUCCCCCUCACCACCUGCCCUCUGACUACAGUACCCCGGCUGUGCACCACGGAUAUCACCAUGGCAAUGUGGCUGAGUGGAGCCAGUACCCACUCUUCUCCUACUCGUGCUGGUGA